AGUUCAUACAUUAACCGGGCACUUGGACCAGAUGACCUCCACGAUCCUGUCCUGAUGUCAAAUUCUUAGCGCUCCCAGCUGUGAGUGGGACUGGGUUCUGGAGCAGGGGAGUUAGGAUGGCCACCCUUUUCUCUGCCCCUCCCACCAUCACGCCUGUCAUCCUAGAGACAGGAGAAUAAGAGGACGUCCCACUGACCAUGUUGGUCCCUUAAAUCCUGCUCUUCCAUUGGAUCCUUUGUCACUGGGCAGGUGUCAAAGAGCAGUGUCAAAAACGAGGAGGCUCAAACACAGAACAGGAGCACAGAGUGUUAAAUGGCAUAGCCCUUGGGUGGUCCUGCGGGGAGAGCAAGAAAAAAAACCAGGAUGUGGGCCCUGUGCUGGGGAACCCACACUCAGGGGUCAGAGGGAGGCGUGGCAGCAAAGAAGCUUGAACACAGGCGUUAGAGGUGGCCACUCCCCAAGUCCUAAGUGGCACAGCAUGGUGAGCAAGGACGUUUUUAUUGAAUAAGUGGAUGAAGAGUGAGCCAGGAGAACCUGGCCAUCUGCUUUAUCUGAAGAUUUUCAGCUGAUGAAUAACUAGGAAGCUCAAACACGAUCUUACCUGAGUUCAGGACAAGCAACUUGGAGACCGUGCUCUUCUGUGGCAGAUCUGUCUAGGGCAGGAUGGCCCAGGAUCUCAGCGAGAAGGACCUGUUGAAGAUGGAGGUCGAGCAGCUGAAGAAGGAAGUGAAAAACACAAGAAUUCCGGUUUCCAAAGCGGGAAAGGAAAUCAAGGAGUAUGUGGAGGCCCAAGCAGGAAACGACCCUUUUAUCAAAGGCAUCCCUGAAGACAAGAAUCCCUUCAAGGAGAAAGGCGGCUGUCUGAUAAGCUGAUGGCAUGGAGCCCCACCCUGAGUGUCUGUCCCUGUUGAGCCGAGCCCAAGUCUCCUAGACCCCCAGGGAGCCAGUGAACUGUCACCUUCUCUUCAUCGCAGAAUGAGUAAAGACCCCUGAACAAAUGCACUGUGAAUCAUUCCCCACUCCCACCUUCAACUCUUUUCUCCCAUGAUUUCCCCCACCUGCUGGGUCUCUGCUGACCUUGCUGGGAACUCUGAGGACAGUGUGACUGGCUGAGCGGUUGGUCCCAUGGGUGGUGGGGUGUGCGGAGCCUGCGAUCCUCAGAGGGCAGUCCUUGGGAAGCACUUACACCUCCUUAGGGCCCCUCCGCCUUUUUCCUCCACUCUCUCCCUAGGAAAAAUGCAUUUCCACGCCAGAGUAGUUUGGGCUGGGGGCCAGUGUUGGGGGGUCCUGUCCCCCCAUCUCAUGUCCUACCCUGUGGUCCUGCUCCUAAUCAUUUAGAUCACCCCAGAUGGCCUGGCGACAACAAGAGUUUAUGAAGUUAUGA